AUGGCAUGGGACUCUUUUGGCAGCGCAAACUCGGGGCUCCAGAUUGGGAUUAAUAAUGCCCCUAUCCACAACCCGCAGUUCUAUCUGCCCCCAGAGCGACCGGAAACCCCACCGAAUCCUCUAUCGACCGUCCCGUUCCGUCGCGACCCAGACUUUGUCGACCGUGGAACGCUACUUGAUCAGAUACACACAAAAAGCUCUGUACCGGGAUCUCGGAUAGCACUUCUUGGCCUAGGUGGCGUUGGAUUAGAAGAAAAUCGCAACUUGCUAUCGAAUACUGUUAUCGAGUUCGAGAUCAAUCGCCCGAGACAUGGGUUUUCUGGAUUCACGCUAGCAAUGCGACUCGCUUCGAGCAAAGUUGUCGAGAUAUUGUCGACCGAGCUCGGAUACCCGGACGAAACAAAGGGAAAAUGGGUUCUCAUUCUUGAUAACCUAGAUGAUGACCAAUCACUCCAUAAAAUUUCACCGGUCGCACCGGACGGCCUAGGGAGUAAUCAGAGUGGCACGCCAGAACAAUCUAUCUGGGCAUGCUUCCCGCAGAGCUUGAACGGCUUAAUCAUCAUCACAAGUCGGCGUAGACGCGCGGUAUCACACAUGGUGGAAGAUAUGGAUAUUAUUUUAGUUGAACCGAUGGACGAAACCCAUGCAAUAACACUCUUUGACAAGAAGCUCGGAGUUCAAGCUGCCAGGGAAGACGUCAUUCAGCUGACUGCGGCACUUGAGUUUAUGCCGCUUGCGAUUGUACAAGCCGCGGCCUAUGUCAAGCAACGGUUACCGCGCCUAUCAGUUACACAGUAUCUGGAAAACUUUCGGAGAAGCGACCGCCAGAAGAAAAGCCUCCUUGAUUAUGAGGGGGGCCAGCUUCGCAGAGAUUGGGAAGCCAAAAACUCCAUCCUCAUCACCUGGCAAAUAUCAUUUGAUUGUAUUCGGCAAGAAAGCCCAUCCGCGGCGGAUUUAUUGUCUCUUAUGAGCUUUUUCGAUAGACAAGGAAUACCUGACAGUCUACUUCGAGAAAACGAAGAUAUGAGACAGAAAUUGAGCGGUGUUCCUGCGUCUAACGUGGACCCGAUGAUGGAUGACAAUAAUGAAGACGAAAGCACAAGUGUCAGCGUGGUUGACAAGUUUGAGGACGAUAUAUUGGUGCUAAGAGACUACUCGUUCAUAUCCAUCAGUGCGGAUGGAGUGAACUUUGAGUUACAUCGCCUGGUCCAACUAGCUAUGCAGGAGUGGCUAAAGGCGCAUGGACAGCUUGAAAAGUGGAAGGGACGGUUCAUCCGAACCCUUCACCACAAAUUCCCAGUAGGAAAGUAUGAGAACUGGCCUAGGUGCCAGUUGCUAUUUGCUCACGUGAAAAGUGCAGUUGCACACCAGCCACAUGAAAAGGACGUGUUGGGAGAAUGGGGUUCGCUGCUUCACGAGGCAGCAUCUUUUGCCUGGACUCGAGGAGAUUUCGUCGACAGCCAAAUAAUGGCAAAGAAAGCAACAAUUGCAAGGUUGAACUUAUUCGGCCCGGAUAAUAAAAAGGCGCUUGACAGCUUUGAAAUGCUUGGGUUGGCAUACAAGCUUGGAGGCCAGUGGAACGACGCCAAAAAUCUACAGCUACAAGUGAUGGAGACCCGCAAGCGGGUCUUAGGGCCAGAGCAUCCCGACACUCUGAAUGGCAUUAGCAACCUAGCCUCAACCUACCGAAAUCUGGGUCGAUGGAAGGACGCCGAAGAGCUAGAGUUGCAAGUAAUGGAGACCUGCAAGCGGGUCUUAGGGCCAGAGCAUCCCGACACUCUGAAUGGCAUGAACAACCUAGCCUUAACCUACCAAAAUCAGGGUCGAUGGAAGGACGCCGAAGAGCUACAGUUGCAAGUAAUGGAGACCCGCAAGCGGGUCUUAGGGCUAGAGCAUCCCGACACUCUGACCGGCAUGAACAACCUAGCCCAUACCUUUAGGUCAUUGGGUCAAGACCAGACCGCUUUGCUGUUGAUGGCCGAAUGCGUUCGACUCCGCGACCAAAAACUAGGCCCUGACCACCCGCAUACCGUGUCUUCCAAGUAUACUUUGAAUAAAUGGCGUGCGAAGGGUGACCACCCGUCUUCCCAGUCUGAUAAAAUGGCAACGAAAACAAAAGAGGACUCAAUCCUAGCCAGUUUCACAGAAACCUCAAAGCGAGUUUCCCAACCCGACGGACACCGUAUGCGCAAAAUCUUCUCGCGCCUCAUCAGCAGAAAGCAGGAUUAA